UUUCGUUACUGCUUGAUGAAGGUUUGUAUCUGGUCGUGUCGUUUGAUAAAUACUUCCUCUAAGGAGUCUAAGAGCUGAUUUCCACCAUGGCAAUGCAAGAUGUCAUUAAUAAGAUGAAGGGAACUGCGCUUGGAGUAGCAGAAUAUCUCACUCCAGUUUUAAAGGUACGAUCGCGUUCUUUGUGUGCAUGAGCGUACAUCUGCCCCGUAAGUGGAUAUGACCUUGAGGUUUAACACGUUUCCAAUCUAUCAACACAGGAGUCAAAGUUUCAAGAAACUGGAGUCAUUACUCCUGAGGAAGUAAGUAUAUAGUAUUUUCAUUUCAGUGCAGUUUGAUCUAGAUUGGAAUCGCUCACGAAAUGGGAGGGCUGGCACGGGAAACGGGAAUGGUAUCACUUUCGAAUCUUUCGAUUUCUAUUGCUUAUAGCAGUGCUUUAAGCUUAAAUACUACCCCAAAAUAAACAUGUUAUCAUUCAUGUCAAUUGUCAGCUAGAAGCCACUGUUAAUUUAGCCACCUUUUCAUGCAUAAUCACUGUCAUAAGUUUUCUGGUAAAUUUUAGUUUAGAAAAACCGUAGCCCCUGACAAACUAGAAAUAGAUUUAAUACUCAACUGUCUGGAAUCCCGGGGGGGGAGGGGGCUAGUCCUGGGAAUUCUUGGUGGGGGUGUGCCGCCCGCUUCUUCAAAUCUUGACCCGAUUUUAUACCAAAAAGUUUCAUUAUCCACACCUGUUUUCAGACUAGACCUCUAAAAUCCAUACCCGUUUUCAGACCUGGCCUUGAGGCAGAAAUUAUGUUGUCAUCACUUAGAUUAGGGCACAAACAUAAAAACUAAUCGAAUUCAUUUUGAAUUCGCAUAUUUCUCUUUCUUCCUUACUCAUUUGGAAUUGAAACGAUAAAAAUGUUCAUACACUCCAGUAGUACCCUCGAAAACCCAACCUGAUUCCAGACCAAAAUGGGCAAAGUGUAUACCCAUUUUCAGACCAAAACAGCGCAAAAACCCUACCCGAUAGGGUGGCAUUUACCUAUAUGGCUUAUAUAAGGGAGUCCCCCCCCCCCGCCUGGAAUUUACUCUGACUAUUUUGCUGUUUUUACUCCUUUGCAGUUUGUGGCGGCAGGAGAUCAUUUAGUCCAUCACUGUCCAACAUGGAAAUGGUGUGUACUUAUUCUCUAGGUGCUAUUACUUAAUGCAGAAAUAGUAGUUUAAUUAAAGCAUUUUUAAAUUGUGGAUUAUGUGUAGCGUAAGGAACAUGUUUUGUGGGCACUGCGAUAUGCAAAUGUGUCACUCAGAUUUAGAUAUCUUUCGUAAAUCAGUCAGCUCUGCACGAAAGCACCCGGUGUCAAUACGACAACUGUCAUAGAUCGUUCCUUUUCUGCGAUGUGCUGAUUUUGUGCGUUUUGAGGAGUCACAAGAUGAUUGUCUUCAUUUGCACUUUGAAUGUUUCAACUUAGCACUAUGGCAAACUUUGAGACAGAAGUUUAUGAAUUUUUGAACCUUUUUGACUCAUCCAGGAGAUAAACAUGACGAAAAGAUCAGCAGUUUAUUGCUCUUCAACUCCCAAGCUGGUCCAAGCUCACGAUUCUGCCAUGAGUCUCAUGAUUUUUAAAGUUUUCUUACAACAAGAGUCCCAAUCUCAUGGUUUUUAGGUGAAAUGUCAUUCUGAAAUGAAAAGUUUCUUGGUUCAAUAAAAACGGAAAUGUUUACAGUUGCUGAAUCGUACAGUAUAGUAAUUGGUUCUCCUCUGGUAAACGCUGAGAAUCACAAGCUGCAAGAGACUUUGCGACAGUUUUACGAGACACUUAUCUGCCAUAUGUUCUUCAAAUGUGUUGAAAUGAGUUAAAGUACGUCUUUAAUCAUGCUUGUUUUCCCUGAAUAUAUCUUUCAAUUCUCCAUAAAUAAAGCUCUACCAGCUUCAAACAGCAUAGAGUGGUAGAAUUUCAUGAGCAAAAGUGUUAAAGCUGAUUAAUUUAACGGGAAUCUUCAAUAUUAGUUGUUGAGGUGCAAUAGAUUAAAAGCAUUGACCUUACACGUCGGAGGUCGGGAUUUGGACUCUCCCUGUUGGAAACUUUUUUCUUUUUUUGGCCCUUUUGUUUUUUUUUUUUUGUUUUUUCGUAAAACAUAUUUUCAUUUUUUGACAGACUUAAAAUAUACUGGUAGACUAAUUGCAGGUUCUUUAUCUUGUUUCAUAUCUAAAAUACAGUAAUUUAAUAAGAAUCUGCAAGUUAGCCUUAGGCACCCUUUGAUUUGAUUCUAUGACUUGUUUGAUUCAUACUGUUGGGAUCAACAAAUGUCCUGUGUUAUGUUUUGUUUCAAGGGACUCAGGGCCUGAUGAGACGAAAAUAAAGGGUUAUCUUCCUAAAGACAAGCAGUUCUUGUAUACAAAAAAUGGUGAGCACCUUUAACACUACAGGGCUUCUGAUAGGUCGUGGAAAAAAAAGUCAACUUUCGUGGGAAUUUUUGGUGCAAACUGGGCUAGAAAGCAAUCAGUAAAAAAAUGGCGGAUUUUGUGGUUAUUUUCAGGGCAAAUUUCGCUAGAAAUCGAUCAGUUUUGCGCUGAUCAGACCAGCGUUGUUAAUGUUUUUCUAACAGAGGUCGUCAUUUGCUCUUUCAACAACAACACGCUCCAGAAAUGAACCAAUGGCAAAGCCUUUAACAUAAUGGCUAGUGCCCAGUUUUUCGUAACAUAAUGUACGCCUGGUAGUUUUGGGACAUUGUUUGCACAUUUCAGUGACGAAGUUUCGAGAUAAAUUUGGAAGUUUAUGGCAAGUAAAUAGCCCCAGACUAGCUGAGACAAGUUUCAAAAAUGCUGUACAGACAUGUAUUUGAUAAGAUUUCUACCGAAUUUCGCGGGAUUUCGCGGAUUUACCUGAAUUUCGCGGCUCUGUGACUGUGCGAAAUAUCAGAAGCCCUGACACUAUGAAUUCUUCAUCAGUAAUCUAUCUUCAGUUGAUUGUUCUUCGGGAAAAAUGGACGGAAGCAUUACUGGUUGAAGGAGCAAAGUCCUGGUUGCUGUGAUAUAGAGCAUACAGUCAACUCUCUCCAAGUCGGACACCUUUGGGACCGGCACUAAGUGUCCGUCUUAGAGAGAUGUCCGUCUUAUAAAGAGUCAAAUAAAGGGAAUAAACAAAGGCAGGGACCAACUCUAGGUGUCCGUUUUACAGAGGUGUCCGUCUUAUAGAGGUGUCCGUUAAGAGAGAGUCGACUGUAUUUCUUUAGUUAAUAGUUUGAGAUUCAAAUUUGGUAUGUGGCCUUUUCCUACUUUUGUUUAAGCCUGCAUGUAUCACAGGCUUCAUAAAAUUAUCUUACAAACUGAGGACAAACACUGCAGACAACUGAAGAAUCUUUUAGCAAGCCAAUCAAUGUUUUUUUUGGUCAACCCAUAACUGAUUAGCUAAAAUGCAAACUGUAUUGGUUACCUAAUGGGAAAUGGUCACUUAUGAGAAUCGAUAGACAUGGGGUCCCUUCUGAGAAGAGGUCUUGACACAUCUUUUUGGAAGAGAAUUUAUUGCUUGCAAUUUGUGUGGAUCCAUGUUGACAGUAAAAGUUCUUUGUAUCGGUGUGUGUAGUACGUACAGAAAACAAAGAGAUCAGCCCAUGAAGAGCGAUGAAAGUGGUAAAUUACAAAACUCACCCCGAAAAGUAGCUGCAGUUGCUUUGAAGAGGACAGAUGGUCAUUUAAAAGAGGUUAUUAUUAUAGGGCUGGGAAAAUAUUGGCAUUUUGGAUUGGUGGUUGCUUAUAGGGGGUAGUCAUUUAUGAGUUGUUGUUGCACAUGGAGGUUCUGCUGUACCUGUAAUUGGCCAUUAACAGGUACUCAGCACCUCCUCUAAGCUUUUUUUGACCUUAUUCACAGUUCCCUGCUACAAGCGAUGUAAAGAAAUGGAGCAUCAAGAGGAAAAUGAAGCUAUUGUUGAACCUGAUGAAGAUGGUGGAUGGGUGGACACCCACCAUCAUGUGGAUCCAAGUGGUGAUCAGGCUACUGCCGGUGCUCAGGAGUCAUUCUCGGAAAUGACUUUGGAUUCUGAUAAGGUAAGGAUAGACGUUCAUGUAAAUUAGGCUAUCGUUGAACCUGAUGAAGAUGGUGGGUGUCGAUCAUGUAGAUCCAAGUGGUCAUCAGGCUACUGCGGGUAUGCAGGAGUCAUUGUCAAAAAUGACUUUAAAUUCUGACAAGAUAAGGAUAUAGUGUCAUGUAAAUGAGGCUAUUGUUGAACCUGGUGAAGAUGGUGGGUGGGUGGACACCCACCAUCAUGUGGAUCCAAGUGGUGAUCAGGCUACUGUGGGUACACUGGAGUCAUUCUCACAAAUGACUUUAGAUUCUGACAAGAUAAGGAGAGACAGUCAUGUAAAUGAGCCUAUUGUUGAACCUGUAAGUCACUUACUUGACUGUAUAACACUGACAUUGCUCAAUCAGAGGUAGCAUUUUAUUACCAUGUUUGAAUCUAUAUUCACAGGCAGCAAAGGACAUGAUGCCAGCAGAUGAUGAUGACGAUGAGGAAGAUGAUGAAGAAGAAGCAGUUGAUAUGGAAGGUAAAAAAAAAUUACUUCUAGGUAUAAAGAACAACUUUAUAUUGAUGUAGAGAAUAUUAAUUAUAAUGGCUUUAAAAUGGGCAUUUGUUUGCAUUUGCAUUUGUUAUCUCCAUGGCCAAUCGUUCGCGCACAAAGUUAAAAAAAGAAAAUUAAAUUCAUGAGAUAGACAAAGUAUAGCUGUGGUACAAAUUACACAAAUGCUCGAAUAGCCAGAAAUAAAUUUAACUAACUUCACUCAUUCUUUUUAAAUUUUCAGCUUUUGCAGAAAGUGGGAUGCUAGAAAGUGAUGAGGUACUUUAAUUCCUGUAGCAUUGUUUGUUUGAAAACAGUUUUCAAAGUCAGGUAUCAAAAAUCAUUCGUUUUAUUUUCUUGUUUAGGCCACUUUAUCAAUUAAACCAGCAUCCAAAACUGAGACAGGAGAUGGUGCUGUGGAUGCAAGUGCUUCUGGUGGGAUUCUUCAAACAAGAACCUAUGACAUGUACAUCACUUAUGACAAAUAUUAUCAGACUCCAAGGUUAUGGCUGUUUGGCUAUAAUGAGGUAAUAAUGUUUUUAAGUGACUUCACGAGUACCCUUAACAGGAUCUGUGCUGUAGAUUGAAUGACAUUUUUACGCUGCCGUGCCAACAAUGUUCUUUGACCUAAAAAAGUACCCCAGGCACGUGACAUCUUUGGAACGACCUCAGACUUAGAGUCGUCCUGCACUUUCCAUUUGACAUAACUGCCUGGCCAGACCUUUUUCUUUGUAAUGAGAAUGUCACUUAUAAUCGGAACCGUUUUGUUUUCAGCCAGAUCAGUAUUAAUGAAGGAUGUGUCUGAGGAUCGUUAGGAAAAACUAUGAAGCCCUGAAAGAAUAAAAUAAGAGAAUGACACACAAGUUGAAAUAUUUAAUACAACAAACCUGGGUGGCCAUGAAGCCUGAAUUUAGCAAUUCCUUUUUGAAAGCAGCGCAAGUGUUGAGGAAAAAUGUGCCUUUAUUAUUUUAUGCUUGUUUUUAGAACCGCCAACCAUUAACUGUAGAGGAAAUGUAUGAAGACAUGAGUCAGGUAAACCACUUAAUACCAUGUAGUUUUCAGGGGUUUCAGUAAGCACAUGUUUCUUACAUUGCUCCUUUGUUCCCUAAAGAAGAAGCAACUAGUUUUAAGAUCUUUUAAUAACAUCGUAAAUAAAUAAUAUAUCAUUAAAUGUGAUGGAAGUGUCAUUAUAUGUUUUCAUGGGCCUAAUUAUGUGAACGCUGUAGUUCAGUCAAUUUUUCACAUAAUAUACUCAUGCAUAUUUCAUUAUAGGUUUGUGCAGAAUUUGUUCAUGUGCAAAUGUACGUUAUGUGAUUAUUUUCAUUUGUUCAUUACCUGUAGGAGUUGAUUCAGUGGCUGAUAAAUUGAAACUUGAAUCAAACCAUGCCCCCCCAGUCAGUUGUGUUUUGUUUAUUAUUAUCUGAAAGACUCUUGGAAACCUCAAUUUUUUCAGCAGUUUUCUGGGCCUGGUGUAUGUCUAGGUUAUGCAUAUGAGAGGCCCUGCCAGGGUAAAUUCCGACAAGUGACAUGGCCCAAAAAGUAGCAACAGUGCGUAAAAUGAAAUCGCGACAAGAGACAACCUCCCUCGGCCAAAUUGAGACAGUGACGGAAUAGCUGACAAUAAGUGACAAGCAUUUAUAAACACCGACACGAGAUGCUUUAAAAUUCAGACGGGCGACAUGGGACACCCCGGCAGGGGGGUGUCCCCCGUUUGAAACAGGCCUAAGUCACAGAGCGUCUCUCUUUUGGUCGUUCGGUUCUCCGCAGGAAUUUUCACGACUGUCUCGUACACUGCUUCACCCUGCUAGCAGCCGAGAGCCUUUCUUUCGCUUGCUCGAUUUUGGGAAAAGGAGGCUCCACUCGCAGGGUGACACUAAUUUCACUUCUAACUAUAAAUGGCAUCAGCUGACGAGCUUUUAGAAAGAUGAGUUGGAAUUGGUGGUAUGAAGAAGCUGCAUAUCAGCGGCACUUACUCUGCUACUUCAAGUUUGACCACGUGUAUAUGUCCGGAAACUCUAAUUUUCCUCAAUACUGAGCCAAGACGCAUGACAGGAAUUAAUGACGGAAAUAACAACAUAACAGUCUCUACACGUGGUUUCUUUAAAGUGGAGGCUGCCGCCAUGCACCAGGAAGUGCAUUCUGUUCUCGUGCGUCAGUAAUUUAUGAAAAGCCGGGGGCCCCGAGGGCAGAGAGGAGAGUGAUAGGGUACUCCCCGUUCUGUUAUAUGUGCUGUAUUGGUUUGUGCAGCACCAAGGGUAUGAUUUUAUACCCAUUUUGCUCUGAAACUAACAAUGAAUUUUAACCGUUUAGGUCUCAGACAAUGCAAAAAGGGUGGGAUUUUGAGCUCUUUGGAAUCAAGUAAUGGAAUUGGGUACUAUUUCUCUCUAUGGUUUUGGGUAGCUUGUUGUACACCCUUACCACAAGAGACCAUGAGUACCCUCCCCCCUCCCUGCCGGGAGUUGGGGCAAGAGCUGGCUCCUUGAUGUCUGGCAACAGAGUGGGAAGGAAUCUCGUCUUGACACGUCUUGCCGUGUAGUUCAUCUCACCGGAAACCACAUUGGGCAUUCACAACUGAUCAAGCAAAACUGCUUGACCGGCAGGGCCUCACUUGAGCAUAAAUUUUGGGUAAUACAUAGACCUGCACAAAACGCAGGUCACACGUCACAGGUCACAAGUGCUGGCUAGGGUACUCUAAUAUGGUAAAUAAACAACACUCCCAGCCCUAAUCAAAAUCCUAAAUAGAGUUUUAGCUCAUCCGUGAGCAUAGUGACCUAGUGCACAAGUGAACUGUGACCUUUGUUUUGUACCUUCCAGUAUAAUUACCUUGGACUCAACCAGUUGUAACUCAAAAGGCUUUGCUAACUUCCACUUGGUUAACUGGGUAAUUCUAUAUUGGUAACAAUAAUGGAACAAUAAUGGGUAACUAAUUUACACCCAUGUUGUUGCAAUAAUUUGGUUUUAGGAUCAUGCUAAGAAGACUGUUACAGUGGAAGCACACCCACAUUUGCCAAUGACAAUGGCAUCUGUUCAUCCUUGCAGGUAAGCCACCGUUUCACUUCCAAAGGUAGCAAAAGUCAAACUGGACUAAACUUUAUGGAAUGGUCACACGACAGACUCAAAAGUCAGAACUCCAUACUAAAUAAAUAGUACCAUGUGAAAGUACUGCUGAAGAGGUUUCAUUUGAAUGGUCACAUCGUAGGAUUUCAUCCACGGACUCAAAAGUUAGAACUACGCACUUAAUAAAAAAAUUGUACCAUGUGAAAGAACUGGUGAAAAGGUUUCAUUUGAAUGGUAACACCAUAGAAUUUCAUCCACAGACUCAAAAGUUAGAACUACAUACUAAAUAAAUAGUACCAUGUGUACUGCUGAAUGGGUUUCGUUUGGAUUGUCGCACCAUAGAAUUUCGUCCAUAGACUCAAAACUUCAAGCCAACCCAAAAAACUCCAUCAUUCAUCCGGGGAGAGAAAGGCUUAAACAUGAUUUAAUUAUAUAUUGUGGUUCAGUUUUAUUCUUGGUUCAAAUUUUAUUUUUCCAUGAUAAUGAGUCUGAGCUACAUGUAUGGGUGACUCACGGGGCGAGCAGGUCGCGGGUUUUGGAGUUGCCACAGAAAUUCGCAUCUCGCGAGUACGUAGGACUAGAGCAAAGCAACACACUGACUUACUUGCACCAUGGAAGCACCUUAACUGGAAGAAAGUCUGAAUAAAAAAUUAAAAUGAACGAUAACAAUCUAUUGUUUACAUGUUGGGUGGCCUGUGUGCGGACGUUUUAUUCACCUCUAUUGCUGGUGUCUAACUAGAAUUGUAUCAUCAACACAAUUGCCUUUAGCUUGGAAUGAAAUGAAGGCAAAUGUGAUGAGUACAUUCAACGUAGAAUGAAACUGAGAUCAAAUGGUACAACAUUUUGUUAAACACGAAGAAACGCAUGCCUAUAAAAGGGUUACCGUUCGUUUCGAUACAAAGUGGUUUCGAUACAAGUUUAUGCAGUUGAGGUGUAAAUAAUUUCACGUACUUGGCUUAAAGAACGAAUAAUAUUCACCCCAAAUGUUUUCGUCCACGCGCAAACUAUACUUGAAGUGGUAAAACUGUUUGUGCAAUUUCAUUGCUUGAGUUCGUACCGACGUGGAAGCAUUAUGGGUUGUACAAGAAUAAAAUAAAAACCUUUGGACCCAGGCCUAGGGCUUGAUAACCCUAUAUGUCUACUGAGACUUCUGCCGUUAAACAAUUUUCGUUGAAAAGCAAGGCCAUUUUUCCUAUUCCCGGUAUAAUAAGUGUGAACGUUUUGACGUUUUCUUUGAAGCCAUGUGGUUUUGUUGUUGUUUUUCUUUGGACAGGCAUGCAGACGUAAUGAAGAAGAUUAUUCAAACUGUAGCUGAUGGUGGUGGAGAGCUUGGUGUUCAUAUGUAUCCUCUAAGUUAAGACUGUUGUCUGUUGUCUGAUUUUUAGAAUGUGUGAGGUAAAACCGAAGAUGAAACAUUGACGCACACGGGAGGGAGGAGGGUCGAUCAUCAUGACCUUAUAAAACUCCCCAGUAGAAGGGUAAUGGAGCUUAUUUUGCCGUUGUCAGUGUUGUUCCGUGAAACUCGAAACGCGCUAAAGAGAAUAUCUUUAAGUUCUUACUCUCAUGAACAGGCAUGAAAGUGCGAAUAAAUUUAAGUCUUCCAUCUGUCCUGCAAGGAUUUCCCCGAACAUUUCUGAGGAUAGUGGAGAAGGCCUUAUAGUUCACAGCACUCCCGGAGACCUAAUUUAUACGAUAACAACGGACGCCCCACGCCACCUAGAUAAAACUGUUUAAUCCACUUAAUUAAGCUUUUAUCCCAGUGUUUUCCUUAACUUUUUCUUCCAGGUAUUUACUUAUCUUUCUCAAAUUUGUUCAAGCUGUUAUACCAACGAUAGAGUACGACUAUACAAGGCACUUUACCAUGUGAGCCUUCACAAUGACCAUAAAGCGGUUUUCAUUCGAGUCUCCGACGCAUACUUUGGAUUUGUACUGCAAAGCCUCAUGAUUGGUAAAAAAAAAAAACACGGGACUUUCACAACCAGUAAGAAAGCAGAAGACGUUCGUUAUUGUCGAGCGCUUUUUCCCGGCUGUGGUCACUUUUUAACCUCGUUCCCAGGUUCCUCUCCUACUUGGUCCCCGGAGCAAGAGAGAGAGGUGGGGCCGAGUAGGUGACGACCUUGGGGACGAGGUUGGUCAUUUUGAGUGCUAACUAACUGACUGUGAUUCGUUGAAAGUUUGCAUGAGCAACUUGUUUGGUCUUACGGAACUCAAAUGGAAACCGCGCCAAUAUAAUUUUCAAAUUUUAAGAUUAAAUUUUCUAGGGCGAUGAGUUCGUUACUAAUUGAAAGUGGGUGAAAGUCAAUGUAAGCUCAUGAGAAUUAACGGUCAGAGAGAAAAGUUACCCCGACGAAAACCCAAGAAAAUGAAGACAAGAAGAUUUGAGAAGUAUUUUUAUUUCAUGUACUAUAAUUAGCAUUAAACUUAGAUCAAAUAUAAUAAAUUUUCAAGGUUUUCGUUGUCAGCGAUUAAGAGUAUUAAGUAUUCAUACGGUUGCCCGCUAGAAAGAUUUGCUAGAAUUAGUUCGUGUUACGUAAUCAAUGAACUUUGUCAACUUUGGUAAAUUUUUUUGGAAUAUGUUAAAAUUUUGGAUGUAUUUAAUUCCAGACGCGAAAAGCAAUCCUUACAGUUUAAUAAAACAUGUUCAACCGAAGCAGUUUGUUCAGUGUUGUUCUCGGAAGAGUUGUUAAUACGUGUUCCUGUUUUUUCAGAGAUGGAGAUGGAUUU